AAGAGGAAGCAAACAUCAAUACGGAAGUAAAGAUCAAUACGGAAAGGAAGAAGCAGAACAGUGACAGUCACGCUAAUUGUUUUGUUUACAUUUGUUAUUUCCACAGUCUUCCCCAACACGUUGUAUUAUAUGAAUUUAUUUAGCUUAAAGUAUAUGUCGUGAGUGAUGGAGGGCUCCAAGACUUCGAGCACCACGAUGCAGGUUAGCUUCGUUUGUCAGCGGUGUUGCCAGCCUCUCAAGUUGGACACGUCCUUCAAUGUAUUGGAUCGGGUCACGAUCCACGAACUGAUUGCUCCUUUGGUUACUGUCACACCAAGCAAACAGUCAGAUUGCGGCGAAGGAGACACUACAACAGAGGAGACCUUUGUGGAAAACAAGCAAGAUGGCGUGUCGAGAAAAUACAUCCCACCUGCACGGAUGAUGUCUACGGAGAGCGCCAACAGCUUCACACUGCUCGGGGACGCUCCUGACGGAGGCACCAUGGAAAAUCUAAGCCGCAGACUCAAGGUGACCAGCGACCUGUUUGACAUCAUGUCCGGUCAGACCGAUGUGGACCACCCGCUGUGUGAGGAAUGUACUGACACUCUGUUGGACCACCUGGACACACAGCUCAACAUCACCGAGAAUGAAUGUCAGAAUUACAAGCAGUGUCUGGAGCUCCUGUCGCAGCUGCAAGUGGAGGAUGAGGAGACGCUGCUGGAGGAGCUGCAGCACCUCAAGGAGGAAGAGGCGGCCCUGGUGCACCAGCUGGAGGCUGUCGAGGAGCAGCGGGCCGCCGUGGCCCAGGAACUGACGCAGAGCCGGGCCCAGGCCCAGCAGCUGGAGACGGAGGAGUUGCAGUACCAGAAGGAGUACAGCGAGUUCAAACGUCAACAGCUGGAGCUGGACGACGAACUGAAGAGUGUGGACAACCAGAUGCGUUAUUGCCAGAUUCAACUGGAUCGGCUCAAGAAGACCAACGUCUUCAAUGCCACCUUUCACAUCUGGCACAGCGGGCAGUUCGGCACCAUCAACAACUUCCGUUUGGGUCGACUUCCCAGUGUGCCCGUGGAGUGGAAUGAGAUCAACGCGGCCUGGGGACAGACGGUGCUGCUGCUGCACGCGCUGGCCAACAAGAUGGGGCUGCGCUUUCAGAGAUAUCGCCUCGUGCCCUACGGAAAUCAUUCCUAUCUGGAGUCCCUGACCGAUAAGUCAAAGGAACUUCCACUGUACUGUUCGGGUGGCCUGAGGUUCUUCUGGGACAACAAGUUUGACCACGCCAUGGUGGCUUUCCUGGACUGCGUGCAGCAGUUCAAGGAUGAGGUGGAAAAAGGCGACACCGGCUUCUGUCUCCCGUACAGGAUGGACGUGGAGAAGGGCAAGAUCGAGGACACGGGCGGCAGUGGCGGCUCGUACUCCAUCAAGACUCAGUUCAACUCAGAGGAGCAGUGGACCAAGGCGCUCAAAUUCAUGCUCACCAACCUCAAAUGGGGGCUGGCCUGGGUCACCUCGCAGUUCUACAACAGAUAAACGCCACGGAGACGGCGCGACAAAAAAAAAAAAAAAAAACGUGCUGAUGGAACAGUUUUGGAGAAAGCGUACCUCGUGCUGUGGCCUGCGGUACUCGUUCCCCCGGACUCGAAUGUAAACCUUCCUGAAACAUCCACCUGUACCACAGUCCAAUUUAUAUUCUCUGAAUACUUGGGUUUUGUUGGCGUCAUUAAAGCAGGGGUCGGGAAACAGAGCCCAAAACAUUUAACCCACAUCGUAGUAAACAUGUUCAAAUGUUGUAUCAUAUUUUCUUGUGUGUAGUUCACCAUAAAAAAAACUGAAAGCGGUUCCUCAGUCCUGCAUGAAAGGAUUUAUAAAUUGCACUGAGCUGAUACUUAAACUUCAUAAACAUUUUGUUUAGAAAAAGCUGCUGUCAGAUGAAGUACUGUUUACUCAUAUACAUGGACUAUAUCAAAAAUACACCUUAAUAAAUGAACAUGACCUCAGAUUUACUCUUGAUUUGGUGUUCAAUUCACCCCAAAAUGAGUAACUUGUUUCUCAAUUUUAGACAUGGGUUCUGGAGACUUUUUGUUGGGGUACUUCAAGGUGUGCUACUAAGUGAGCUUUUAGGGAUUAUGGAAUGUUAACCAGGAUACAUAUCUAUAUUAGGUUUUGGGACAUGUUGAGGCCUGAAUAAUAAUUGGGAAAAAAAAAAAAAAAA